AUGUCUGGAUUCACUCAAAACGACCAAGUUGCUAUCAACACCAUCCGAGCCCUCGCUGCUGAUGUAGUUGGCAAGGCCAACUCCGGUCACCCUGGUGCUCCUAUGGGUAUGGCUCCUGUUGCCCACGUUCUUUUCAGUCGAUUCAUGAGAUUCAACUCCAAGAACCCCAAGUGGAUUAACAGAGAUCGAUUCGUUCUCUCCAACGGACACGCUUGUGCCCUCCAGUAUAUUCUCCUCCACCUUGCUGGAUACAAGGUAUCUAUGGACGACCUCAAAUCGUUCAGACAAAUCGACUCUAUCACCCCUGGUCACCCUGAAGUAGGUGUCACUGAUGGUAUCGAAGUCACCACUGGUCCUCUUGGUCAAGGUAUCUCCAACGCCGUUGGUCUCGCCAUCGCCCAAGCCCACAUGGGUGCCGUCUUCAACAAAGACAACUUCUCCCUCAUUGACAACUACACCUACGUGUUCACCGGUGAUGGAUGUCUCCAGGAAGGUGUCGCCUCAGAAGCUUGUUCCCUUGCUGGUCACUUGAAAUUGGGUAACUUGAUUGCCAUCUACGAUGACAACAAGAUCACCAUUGAUGGUGACACCGCUGUGUCUUUCACUGAGGAUGUUGAGGCUAGGUUCAAAUCUUACGGAUGGGAAGUUCUCCACGUAGAAAAGGGUGACGACGAUGUUGCCGCUAUCGAAGCUGCUCUCAAGGAAGCUCAAAAGACCAAAGACCAACCCACCAUCAUCAACCUCAAGACCACCAUCGGUUUCGGUUCCCUCAAACAAGGUGGCCACGAUGUCCACGGUGCUCCCCUCAAGAAGGAUGAUAUCACUCAACUCAAGAAGAAGUUCGGCUUCAACCCUGAGGAAACCUUCGCUGUCCCUCAAGAAACUUACGACAUCUACAAUGCCGCUGCUGAGAAGGGUGCCAAGGCUGAGGCUGACUGGAACGCUCUCUUCAAGCAAUACUCCGAGAAGUACCCCAAGGAAGCUUCAGAACUCACUCGACGAGUUGAAGGUCGACUUCCCGAAGGUUGGGAGAAAGCUCUCCCCACCUACACCACCUCUGACGCCGCUGUCGGUUCUCGAAAACUUUCCGAGACCACCAUCAGCAAGCUCGCUGAGGUCCUUCCUGAACUCGUUGGUGGUUCAGCUGAUUUGACCGGUUCCAACUUGACCCGAUGGAAGAACGCCGAGGAUUUCCAACACCCUUCCACUGGUCUCGGUUCAUACGCCGGUCGAUACUUCCGAUUCGGUGUUCGAGAACACGGUAUGGCCGCCAUCUGUAACGGUAUCGCCGCUUACGGUGGUCUUAUCCCUUUCGGAGCUACUUUCCUCAACUUCGUUUCUUACGCCGCCGGUGCUGUCAGACUUUCCGCUCUUUCUCACCUCCGAGUGCUCCAAGUUGCCACUCACGAUUCCAUCGGUCUCGGUGAAGAUGGACCAACCCACCAACCUGUCGAGACUGCUGCUUGGUUGCGAGCUGUUCCCAACCUUGCUUUCUGGAGACCAGCUGACGGUAACGAAACCUCGGCUUCCUACCUCGUUUCUAUCCUUUCUCAACACACUCCUUCCGUCCUUGCCUUCUCCAGACAAAACUUGCCUCAACUUGCCAACUCCUCCAUCGAGAAGGCCGCCAAGGGUGGUUACGUCUUGGAGGAAGUUGAGAAUGCCGAUGUCACCUUGGUUUCCACCGGUUCAGAAGUCCCAUUAUGUCUUGAAGCUGUAGGACAAUUGAAAUCAAAGGGUAUCAAAGCUCGAUUGGUCUCUUUACCAUGUUUCGAAGUUUUCGAGACUCAAUCUAGGGAAUACAAGUUGUCCGUCUUACCUUCAGGUGCCCCUAUCCUCUCUGUAGAGGCUUACUCCACCUUCGGUUGGGGUCAAUACUCUCACGACCACUUCGGUCUCAAAGCUUGGGGUGCUUCAGGUCCAUACGACCAAGUUUACAAGAAGUUCGACUUGACCCCAGAAGGUAUUGCCAAGAGAGCCGAAAAAGUCGUCGCCUUCUACAAGAAGCGUGGUCAACCCGUGUUCUCACCUUUGAUCUCUGCUUUGGACGAUAUCUCUGAUGAGUAG